CGAAUUACGUGCAGUGAGCAGCACUAGACCAGAAUUAAUUCCAGACGUCCUGACUCUUGACAGCAGUUUACCACCACUAAUUGGAAACUAAUAAAAAAUAAAACUCGAAUCGUCGAACAACAGUUUCUGAAACAUGGCCGCGUCUCUGAAACGUCUCGAGGACGAGAUCGCGGACGACGAGAAUGCGUCCGAAGAGAAUGGACCAGAUUCCGAAUCGUCAGAAGAUCGUCACUCGUUGUCUGCUGCUUCUGCCUCUACAACAAAGUCUGACGAUGAGGAAAAGCCAACGCCCGUGCCAAAAAAAAAAUCUACUUCGAAGAAAUCCAAGAAAAAUGGUACAGCCAAAUUGCCAGAAGAUGCAUGUGCAUCUGUUGCUUCUGCCUUGCCAACAAGUUCUGACGUUGAGGAGAAUUCAACGUCAGGUAUCAAAUUAAAAUCCAUCUUGAAAAAAACCAAGAAAAAUGAUAAUAAAAGCGAGUUUAAUGAGUGUCCUGUAUGUUUGGGACCGGUUGUGUUCCCUGUUCGUACUCCAUGCGGUCAUGUAUUUUGUUUCUUGUGUGUGAAAGGAGCAGCACGGCAAGCUAACAGGUGUCCAAUGUGUCGCCAACACAUACCAAUUGAUUUUGACAAAAAUCCUAUUAUUCUUGAACGCGAAGAAAUAGAAACACUUGAAGAUGGUUAUCAAUGGUUUUAUGAAGGCAAAAACGGCUGGUGGCAAUAUGAUAAGAGAACUUCUGAUGAAAUUGAACAGCACUACAAACUCAAUGUACUAAAAUUUGAUGUACUUAUUUGUGGCACAAUGUAUACAAUUGAUCUCAAUCGCAAUGUACAGUAUAACAGGGAUAAUCCAUCCAGGAGAAGGAAAGUGAAACGAGAAAAUGCCAAUAACAUUGCUGUUAAAGGUGUUGCUGGCGUUCAUUAAUUUUAUGUAUUUUAUGUAUUUUCUUAUUUAUAUUUACAUAUAAUUAUAUUUAAUGUUCUUUAUUCAUACAUGACACAAAUUAUGAUGAAUGAAAGUUUUAAUGUCUAUUUUAUGUACUUAGUAAUGUUAAAUUAUUAUUAUUAACAUUCUAUAUACAUUAAUUUUAUGGCAAAUUUUGCUAAUUCAUAAAUUUUGUCAAUUAUAUUCUCAUUAUUUAUUUUAUGAUCUGGAUACCAAUAAUCCUUAAAUAUAUUUUAAAACUUAUGUGAUUAAUUAACAAAUAGCUUUUAUUGAAAAGGUUUAAAUUGUUGCUUGUGCUGUGAAAAAAAGUGCUGACUUAAUUUAAUUUUUUUAAUAAUUACAUAUAAAAAAAUAUCGAGUGUAUUUUUGUUUUUCUUUAAACAAAAAAGAAACUAAUAAAACAUAAUAACUGAUAGCUGAAAUUAUCAACACUUGUACAAUAUCACACUUUACAUUAUAAACAAGUCUUUUGCAUAGUGGCUUGGCAUGGUGCGUUGGCUGCUUCCAGUCGCAGAAUGCGACUGGGUGU